CUCCUCCCUCCUUCCUCUCCUCUGCUCGUCCCCUGACUCCUCCCUCCUUCCUCUCCUCUCCUCGUCCCCUGACUCCGUCGUUUACUCAAUCUUCUCCUGCCCCUUCCCCUGUAGCUCCUCCCCAUGUAGCCCCUCCCACAGUAGCCAUUCUUCCAGUAGUAGCCCCUCCCAUAUUAGCUCCUCCCCGUGUAGCUCCUCCCCCCUGCUCUUGCUCCUCCCUCCUCCCUCGUCUCCUCUCUGCUCACAGGAUGGAGGUGCGGCGCCUCCUCAGAGGAGCGAUGGCGUCUCUGGGCCGGAGGCUCGACUCUCUGGAGCGGAAGAGGAGGCGGAGCCUGAGGAGAGAAGAGGGAAUAGCCUCUUCAUGUAGCCCCGCCUCCUCAGGGGCUUCCUUGUAUAGCCCUGCCUCCUCGUGUAGCCCCGCCUCCUCAGGUAGACCCGCCUCAGGGGCUUCAUUGUGUAGCCCCGCCCACCUACUAACUGUGGCCUCAUCAGGCACUGAAGAAGAGAGGAUGAGAGGCAAAGAGGGAGGAGCCUCCUCAUUUAGCCCCGCCUCCUCAGGGGCCUCCUUGUGUAGCCCCGCCUCCUCAGGGGCUUCAUUGUGUAGCCCCGCCCACCUACUACCUGUGGCUUCAUCAGGCACUGAGGAGGCCCCGCCCCUAUAUUCUCAGAGCCAAUCAGAAGAGAGGAGGAGAGGCAACGAGGGAGGAGCCUCCUCCUUUAACGCCGCCUCCUCAGGGGCCUCCUUGUGUAGCCCCACCCACCUGGGUCUCUCCUCUCUGAGCCAAUCAGAAGAAAGGAGGAGGAGCCAAUUAAAGGAGGAGGAGCUGAGAGGGAGGAAGAGGAAGAACCACCACAGAGGAAGAGAAGAGGAGGAAAAGGAGCAUGCUGGGAGAUUUGUUGGUCGCAUGGCGGUCUUCUUCAGAGGAGAAGAGCCAAUCAUGUUGCACAAAUUCAACCAAAGGAAACACAGAAGGAGAGAGGAGGGAGAAACUGACCAAUCACAGAAGACCGUCAGUGUCGUCAGGCAGAAUGGAUUCAGAGCGCCGCCACACAGCUCAUAUUCCCAGCAUACUUUGCACGUCCUGCCGUCAACCCACCGCCAAUCAGAAGCGCCGAACAUCUCUUCAGGCCAAUCAGAAGCCCUGAACAUCUCUUCAGGCCAAUGGCGUUUCUCUGACCUCACUUCCUUCUCCUCCAAUCACGGCGUUCUGCACAUAUGGAGCUUAUACUCCUCCUCUUCCUCUUCCGGUUUUAGAUCCGCCCCCAUGCUGCGGCUGUCAGCGGUUUCCGUGGAGACGCUGUCAGAGUUUGUUAGGGGCGGGGCUUAUGGGAGCCCUCAGCGGUGCCUGAAGGACUGGACGGCCCCGCCCUCUCUGGGAUCUGAUCACUGUUACAUGAGAAAGCCUACACCCAGCCAACACUUUUCUGCCCGGCGACAUCAGAAGCAGCGAGCAGCGAGCAGCUCGCGGAGCCUGCUCCUCCCCCGGCGACGGGAUAAGCCCCUCCCCCUUUGUUCAGCCAAUGGACUGCCUGCUCCACUCGCCAUCGACCAAUCAGCAGCGAGCCCCGGCUUCCUCCAGGUGCUUCUGUCGUUUCAAGAGACUUUAACCUGAGCCUGUUUUCCAGCGUGACUUGAGACCGCCCCCUUGAUAGAUAAAUGUAGUUAUAAUGAAGCCAGCUGCAAUGGAUCAUUGAUCCACCAGGCAUACUUGCCAACCCUCUCGAUUUAAUUGCCCCCUCCUGGUUUCCUCCCGGGGUCAUAUUUCUCCCGCAUUUCUCCCGAUU